GGGUGCUGUAAAAAUUGAAGAGGAUUUAAAAAUUAUAAAAAAUGAAAAAAAAAAAAAAAGAUACCAUAUCGUUGUGGCGACCCCGGGGAAAUUAUCAACUUUGUUUGUCGAUCACAACUGCCACUUUGACACAAAUGAGUUAGCAUAUUUGAUACUGGAUGAGGGGGAUAAAUUGUUGGAACAGAGUUUUUUAAAUUAUGUCCAAGAUAUUGUUAGGAGUAUCGACUCGAAGGACUAUGCCACGUGCAUUUGCAGCGCGACGUGUCUUCAGGAGGAGAAGUUUUACAACUUGUUCUCUGACAAGAGGAGAGCCUUCAUCAAGUGCGUGGGGGGGGCAGCACCGGUUGCGCCCGCUACAACCGCGAUGGGAGCUACUGCUGCUGUUGCCGCUGCUUCCUCUGCCACCGCUACCGCCGCGACCACCGCGGGAAGCACCUUCCAAAUACCAGACAAAAUCGAAAACUACUACAUGACGGUGCGAAACUUGGACAAAAGCUUCUUUCUCUUCAAAUUCGUGAACACAGUGGUGCGCGAGGGGGAAGCAGUGAUCGUAUUUUUGCCGACCUGCUUCUGCGUGGAUUUCUUCUUCCACGUAUUCAAGAACGUACUUAACACGGAGCAGAGGACCGAGAAGAAAAUUUUUCACCAUGUCGUAACUCUCAACAAUAGACAUAAAAAUGUGUUCAGUCAAUCUGACCUUUUUCUUUUGUGCAAAAUGAUUUGUUACACCCAGAAAUAUAUGGGUAAGAAAAAAUUCACUCUUUUAAAAAUCCACAGGAAAAUGAAAGACAAAAAAAGGAUAAAUGCAUACAAGAAAAUAAAAGAAAACAAGAGUAACAGGAGGAUAAAAAUUAUUUUGUGUACAGAUAUUAUGAGCAGAGGAAUUAAUGUGGACAUUCAUUGGGUCAUCAACUACGAUGUUGCUAAUAAAAAUAUGACGUAUAUCCAUAGGAGUGGUAGAACAGGCCGAUUUGAAAAAAGGGGGAAAAAUAUCAUUCUGCUUAAUAAGAAGGAGAAAGAAUAUAUAUACUUUUUAAAAAAUAAAAAAGUGAAUAUUAGCAAUUUUAGGAAAACUUCCAUGUUCAGGGACAUGCUCAGUUGGGAAUCCCGACUGAUGCGAAGUGAAGACGCGUUGGACGCACAAGUGAGGGAAGUAGCCAACUUGGAGAAGGGGGACGUAGGGAAAUCCAUCCCCGAGAAAAACUUUUCGUUUUAUGGAAGUGCGCACGGGGAAGGCGUUCAAAGGAGGGAGGCAAAAGGGGGUGCUGCCAAGGGGCACCCUCCCAAAGGCAAAGGAGACUCAAUCGAGGGACAGCAUCAUCCCAAGAGGGAUCAUCACAUCCUUUUGCUAAACAACAUGGUGAAUAUAUUUCUAAAGUACAUAAUUUUUUUUAUCAUCGAGAACAGAGAAACAUAUUUGCUCUCGACAAAGGCGUUUCUGUCUUACAUUGAAUUUUACAAAAACCACCAGCUGAGUUUUCUCUUUCCCUUCCACAAGCUCAAUCUCUCGCACCUGUGUUACUCCUUUGCGUUGGUGAAAAUCCCCAAAUUUAAAGAGAAGAGCCAAAUUAAGAAUUUCAAACGGGUGGGCCUGAACACGUCCGAUAUACCAUACAGAAACGAAGAGAAGGAGAGAAAGCGGCAGGAGGAACUGACACGCUUGGCGCAUUUAAGAAGCGAGGAACACGCAGCCAAUGAGAAGGCGGAAAGAGAGACAAAUGUGGAGGGAGACAAACCCCAUAAGCGAAAGCAAGAAAAAAAACAAAAAAGAAAAACCAUUGUUCAGAGAAAACAUGAACAAAGGGACAUGGAGGAAAACGAAAUUGAGUCCCUAUUUUUUGAAGAAAAUUUGUACAAAAAAUUAAAAAAAAUUUCCAAAGAUGAGUACGACAGAUUGCUGGACAUGGAAAACCUGGACAAAAUAUUUUCCACCUCGCCCAGUGCGGGGAAGAACCAGGCCGUCGCCCCCCGGAAAAAUCAGACAGCUACGUCAAACAAGAAAAAGAGCAAGAAGAAGAGAAAAGUGUACAACUUGAAGGUGAAGAAGAGGCGGAAGGGGGGCGGCAAACGGAGGUAA